AUGGAAGUUCUUUCCUUCCUCGCCCGCGCCGGGCGUGCAACGGCGGCACAGAUGGUGCUGGACACCAUGGACCGGGAAGAGGUCCGGGUCAAUGCGUAUCACUACAGCGCCGUCGUCUCGGCCUGCGAGCGCUCGUCCGAAUGGGCAAGGGCACUGCAGCUCGCGUCUCUUGUGCCUUGUUGUGGCAUUGAAGCUGACUUGGUUACCUGCAAUGCUGCGAUUAGUGCCUGCGAAUCGGGGAGCGAAUGGAAAAUGGCUCUGUGCGUCCUCCGUGAGAUCGACAAGAGCCUCCAAAAGGACGUCAUCAGUUACAACGUUUCCAUCUCUGCCUGUAGACUGGCCAGCUGGCGCACGGCGCUGCAGCUGCUCGAGAUAUGUGUCGCCAGCACUGUCCAAGUCGCCACUGCAACGUUGAACUCUUCCAUGGCCAGCUGCGGCAACAGCCGGGCCUGGCUCCAUGCGCUUGGCCUUCUCCGUUUGACGCAGCGGCAGCGGCAGUGCAGUGUGAUUUCGUUCAACUCUACCAUCAGCGCAUGCGAGCUCCCUGCGGAGCUUCCUGCCGAUCCCAGGGUUUCGGCGAAGCUGCGCUGGAGUCCUAAUAUCUGGCAGCCCUGGCAACGUGCGAUUGCGCUACUGCAUGCGGUGCCCUCGAACCAGCUGGAGGCAGACAUCAUCAGUUUCAAUGCUGCCCUCGGCUGUUGCGAAGCUUCUGCCCAGUGGCGGUGGACUUCGCAGAUGUUGUCACAGAUGUUGGAGGAGCACCUGGCCCCGGAUGAAAUGAGUUUCCGAAGCGUCAUCAGCUCCUGCGAAAAGGGUGGCCUUUGGCAGCUGGCUUUGGUGAUGCUGGCUUCGAUGCCGUUUGCAUCGGUGCAGCCGACAUCCUUCAGCUACAAUGCAGCCGUCAGCGCAUGCGCGCAGGCGUCGGCGUGGCAGUGGGCCUUGGUGGUUUUCGCGGAGAUGCCAGGUGCUGCGGUCCGGCGCGACACCGUGAGCGUCAAUGCUUCACUGAAGGCUGCAGCACAGCAGGGCAAAGCAGCCAUAGCUUUGGAGACCCUGGCAGCCAUGGCAGAGGCGAACAUGUUGCCAAAUCUCGUGACUUUCAGCACCACUAUCGCAACUUGCGAGAAAGUCGGGGAAUGGCAGCAUGCGUUGCAGCUCUUGGUUGCCAUGUCUGCGCAAGAGAUCCAGGCUGAUGUCAUCAGCUUCAACUCUGCCAUCAGCGCCUGCAAGCAGGGCCGCCAAUGGCACCAUGCCGCGCAGCUGCUGUGGACAAUGUUCGACCGACUCCUAGUACCCAAUGUCGUCAGCUACUCGACCGUAGUCAGUGCCUGUGGUGCUGCCGGGCGGUGGCAGCUGUCCCUGAGCUGGCUAGACCUCAUGUACACCAGCGAGGUGCCCAGAACCGCCAUCGUUCUCGAGUCGUCCGUCGCUGCCUGCGAAGCCGCCCUCGCAUGGUCGCAUGCUGCCCGCUGCCUCGCACUUGUGCCGCAGGUGGAGGUAUCUGUCGAUCUACAGCAAGGCGUACACUGGCGGAGUGCCCUGGCGCUGUUGCUCUCUAUGCACCGCAUUCAGGUGCGAAGGGACGCCGUCGCCUUCAGUGCAGUGAUUAGCUCUUGUGGGGAAGGGGGCGAGUGGCAGGCCGCCAUCGCCAUCCUCCAGGACAUGACUUCUGUUGAAGUUGCUGCAGAUGUGCAGCUCAUUAACUCAGUGAUCAGUGCCUGUGAAAAAGGUGGCGAGUGGCAGCUAGCUCUGGAGUUCUUGAGGAGCUAUACCGACCGCGAUCUACGUCCAAAUGUGAUCAGCUACAAUGCCGGAAUGAGCGCCUGCGAGAAAGGGCAGCAGUGGGAGGCCGCGCUGCAUCUGCUGUCGCAGAUGAAGGACGUGGAUCUACGUCCUGAUGUCAUCAGCUGCAAUGCCGCUAUCUCCGCCUGUGGAGAAGAAUGGCGGCCGGCAAUGGAGCUUUUGGAUCAAAUCUUUGCGUCGAAGGCAGAGCCGAGCACCGUCACCUUCGGCGCACUCCUCAGUGCAUGUGAGAAAGCGCGACAGUGGCAGGUCGCCUACCACUUGCUGGACAUGAUGCAUGCGCUUCAGGUUGAGGGCAACGAUGUGUGCUACAAUGCAGCCAUCUCCGCCUGCGAGAAGUGCGGGGAGUGGCACCAAGCAUUGGAGAUGAUGAAUCUCCAGAUGCGAAUGCACGUGCCCGCAGACAUCAUCACCUACAACGCCGUGCUCAGUGCUUGUGAGAAAGGGCAGCAGUGGCAACUCGCCUUGGCCUUUCUGGCUCGAUUGGAGCAGAACGAGCUGCUGCCAGAUGAGAUCAGUUGCAAUGCAGCCAUCAGCGCUUGCGAGAAAGGCAAGGCGUGGAAGUGUGCUCUGGCCUUGUUCGCAGAGUUUGAGCUGAGAUCACUCCAGCGUGACUUGAUCACUCACAAUGCCGUCAUUUUGGCCUGUGCCGAAGGCCGAGAAUGGCGUCGCGCAAUGGCUUUGCUGGAUGAGCUGCCCUCUGCCCAGCUGGAGCCAGACAAGAUCUCCUUCGAAGCUGCGAUCGUUGCCUGUGCACGGGCGUGUCGUCCGGACUAG